AUGCAUCUUCUACGGCAUGACUAUAUCCCUGCCGGAUGCCUUGGAGUCUUCUUUGACGAUUCCAAUGUUACAAAAGAGACCUGGGAUACCAUAAAUCUCAAGGUUUGGAGAAGUUUCCGCCAUCACUCUUCUCUGGACCAGUUUGACGACAAUCAAGUCCGUGCUGACGAUAGUCAUUUACCAAUUAACGUCCAAGAGCGCCUUUUCCAGCUUCAAUUUCUGCAAUUAGCCUCACUUCUGUUUAAAUCACAAUGGAUAGAUCUCGAGUUUUGUGUACAUGAAGAUGGAUCAUAUGGCACGGUGCGGGUAUAUUUGCUACCGGAUGAUGCAUAUCGCGGCCUGAUUGAUAGAACCAGUGUCAGUCUCAAAAAAUCGCGGCAACGUCUUCUUCAUUUAUUAGACUACUCGACAGACGCAUGGGAAGGAAAAACUAUUGCAUGUGUUGAUGGCUCAUCCCCCCUCGGAGGCGAUAACGUGGCAGGCGAUGAGAACGAAUCGCUGUUGCAGGUGUUUAACAAUAUUCCCUCGCCUAACCCGGCCACUGACCUGGUUACCGACGCAUACGCUCGGGGUUCUAUGAACGAUGUCUUGGAGCACACCAUACCCGGAGUCACCACAGAACUGUACGCUUACCAGCGCAGGUCAAUAGCCGUCAUGGUGCAAAAGGAAGCAGAGCCAAGCAAGGUUCUUGAUCCACGCCUGAUUGCUAUCGAUGGGCAUGAUGGAACUCCAUGGUACACUGAUCCGGUGGCUGGGACCAUUCUGAGAGAACCACGAUAUUAUGAUGGUGUAUGUGGCGGCAUCUUGGCAGAAGAAAUGGGAGCAGGCAAGACCAUUAUUUGCUUAGCUCUCAUCCUCGCGACUAGGAAUCUUCCAACGCGGCCCCCAGAGCUUUGCAGCGGCAUCAGUUGUCCUAAACGAAACAAAAUAGCCUCACUUGCCGACAUGGCAGCGGCCUGUGCUACCCGGCACGCCGUUCCGUGGAGAUCAUAUUUUGAAACCUGGAGACGCCAGAUUGGCUAUGAAUUUCAUCGAUGCGAGGCCGCCCUCAAACGAAACCCAGGAUAUUACUUGCGUCCUCCACCGAAACUUCGUCGUACCGGUCGACAUCCUGUCCAAGAACUAGCGCCUACUAAAAUCUACUUGAGCAAUGCAACCAUCGUGGUUGUGCCUACCAAUCUGCUUUCUCAGUGGAAGCACGAAAUAGCAAAGCACACUACCUCCUUAACUGUCCGCGUUCUCUCAAAGGAUGAAUCAAUUCCUUCCUUGAGAGAAUUAUUAGAUAUCGAUAUCAUCUUAUUUUCUCAAUCACGAUUCGAAAGGCUCGUUAAAGAAAGUGGUGGAGUAGGUGGUACUGCGCUCUCUGUAGUCCAUUUCAAACGCUGCAUCGUUGAUGAAGGCCAUAAACUCGGCAAUUCAAAAAUAUGCCGAAAGAGCAAUUUGCUACGUGGCCUCGACAGAAUGAACUUCUCGUCGCGAUGGAUUGUGACUGGAACGCCCUCACAUGGUCUUUUUGGUGUAGAUAACCGAACUCCGGCGGGUUCUUCAGCGAGAGACCCAACAUUACUCCCCAUACAAACUCGAGAGACAUCCGCUGAAAUGGAGAAGAAAGAUCUUGAGCGACUAGGCUCGAUCUCUUCGCUGUACCUGAAGGCGAGGCCGUGGGCGAAUGUUGCGACGGAAAACGAAGAUACUCGUGCGGAUUGGGGGACAUAUUUGUUACUCCCGCGGCACAAGAAGAACAGUUACGGCCGGCGGGACCGUUUGAAGGCGACCCUUAACUCCUUAAUUAUCAGACAUCGACUAUCUGAAGUCAGCGAUCUCUUGCCGCCUGUUGAUGAAAAGGUAAUUUUGCUUGAAGGCUCAUUCCAAGAUCGGCUGUCCUUGAACCUCUUCGCUAUGAUGAUCAUCUUUAAUUCCGUGCAGUCACAACGAACAGACAUGGACUACUUCUUUCACCCUCGACAGCGUAAGAGUCUAUUGGAAAUCGUGCAUAAUCUAAAACAGUCGAGUUUCUUUGGGGGCUCGUUUUUUUCUUCGGAAGAGAUCGCAAAGGCCGUUGAAACGGCGGAGAAAUUCUUGGAAGAAAAGAAAGUGCCAAUCAGUGACGAAGACAGCGUCCAUUUGCGACAAGCUAUAAUACUGGGCAAAGUUGCAAUCAAUGACAAAUUGAGAAAUCUCAGCAAUCGUUAUCAUGACAUUCCCAUUCGAGUCCAUGGCCCGCUUGGGGAUGCAAGCCAUUCAUGGUCCCUGGAUGGUGAGGGGGGAGAUACAAUAUACACAUCAGCAAGUAUGAUUUUAUCUCUGCAAAAAUUACUGACUGAGGCGGCCCAUGAAACGGAGUUGCUGAACUCUUUGCUUAAUGGAGGUCUCAUUCGAGAAGGAUUGAUCGAGAGAAAUAAGAUCUUAGCUGUACAAACAUCUGACAAAGUUGCUGAUGCCAAAGAGAAGAAAUCGGCUACCUUGGCGGGAAACACCAAACUUGGAGAGGAUACUCGACGUCGCAAGCCUCGACUUCAAGCUGGGGCUAUAGGUCCAACUGAAGCAUUUCCUGUGGACAGCCUGCCACCGGCUUUGCGGCAAACUCAUCUAGUAUCAACUGUAUCCUCUAAGCUUUCGUAUCUGAUUGACAGCAUAGUACGCCAUCAAGAUGACGACAAAAUCAUCAUUUUCUACGAGAAUGAAAAUGUUGCUUGGUAUCUUGCAAGCGUUCUAGACAUGCUUCAAGUACAACAUCUCAUUUAUGCCAGGACAUUAACUACGGAACGUAAAGCACAAUACGUCAACACAUUUCAUCACAACCCCGUAUUUAGAGUCCUCCUGAUGGAUCUUUCUCAAGCUGCUUUUGGAUUGGAUAUGCGCGAGGCCUCACGCGUCUAUUUUAUCAAUCCAGUUCUCAACCCUCAAGUUGAGGCACAAGCAAUCGGGCGAGUUCGUCGCAUAAGCCAGCAAAAGCCUGUAUUUGUUGAGACCCUCGUUCUGAAGGAUAGUAUUGACGAAGUAAUUUUGGAGCGAAAACAACACAUGACGCAAGCUGAGCACCGCCAAAUGAAGUCUAUCCUUGACGUACGGCCGAUAUAUAACUGGAUCAAGAAUGCUGCCAUUGUGGCCCUGCCGCCCUCUGGUCACCAUACUCCGACCCAUAUGGCAGCAUUGCAAAUGCCACAACCUGUAUUUGGUAAAGGAUUUGGAACAGAACUGCACCCUGAUCAUGGACUUGUCUUGGGAGACUCCCCUAUCAAGCCAAAAACGAAGACCUCCAGCUUGACGCCCCAUAUUUCGCCAAUUACUCCGUUAAAACGUACAUAUGACGCUGGACCGGGAAUUGAACAGGCUCAGAGUGAAACGGAUAAGGUGCUAUACAAGCAUGAACCUGUGCCACAUCCGGGUGCUCGCCGAGUUCGAUUUGCGACUGACUCCGAUUCAGAAGAUUGA